GUGGAUCUAUCUUCGUGCCCAGAGGGGAGUCACGUGUCACGUGGUCAUUGCCCAGGCUCCAGGGGGCUCACUUGGUGUAUUUGUAAAGCCAACCUAGGCUCAUUACCCCUCCCUCCCUCUCUGGAUCUGCGAAUGGAAUAAAAUUACUGUUAUUUCAGAUAUAGGUCCUAACCAUAACACAAUUCAUAACUUCCGGAGAACUAUGGUUCUGUACAACCGCAUGAAAUAUUUUAUUUAGCUUUGCACUGGCUGGUUUUUGCCAAAACUAAUAGUUUAAAUGACGCAAUCAGAUAUCUAUCUAUGAACGGUGCGUUACGCAUUGAUAAAUAGCUUUCACGCUUCUAUGUGGUAACAACUACGUAUGAUGUGGAUGGCCCUGAGACCCUGACACGCGAUGGCCAUCUACUUUAAGCCUUAGACGCGACGCGAGGGAAGUAGGUAUAUUGUUUGUUUGAAAUAGUAAUAUAUUUGUUCUGCUAGCAGUCGGACGACAUUAAACGACUAAGCCGCUCUAUAAUAAGUAAACCGUCCUAAGUUGAAAUUAUGGAAGAAAGAGUUGACUUAGUUGUGUUGGGUGCCACAGGUUUUACAGGAAGAUACGUUGUUAAACAUUUAGCUUCAAUUAAUAACGAAAGUGAUUAUUCGGAUGUGACUUGGGGUGUAGCCGGACGUUCGAAAGAAAAGCUUAAUAAUUUGCUGGCGGAGCUGGUGGGUAAAGGUGUGAACGUGAAGAAUAUUCCAGUAAUAGAAUGCGACAUAAAAAACGCCGCCAUGGUGCAAGAAGUGUGUCGUCGAGCAAAAGUAGUAGUAAACUCAACUGGCCCUUAUACGACCCUAAGCGAGCUGGUGAUUAAGACCUGCAUACAAACUAGAACGCAUUACGUGGAUAUUUCUGCUGAGCUACACCAAAUGCUCAGUAUAUACAAACGUUACAAUAGAGCUGCAGAAGAAGCCAAUGUUCUAAUUAUUGGUGCUUGCGGGUAUGGCUCCAUCCCAGGGGUAAUGGGUUUCGUGCACCUGCUAAAUCAUUUUAAAGGCACAUUGCAAACAGUUGAAUGCUACACAGAAAUAGAAAUGCCAAAAAGGGUAUAUAAAUUGGGCAACAUCCUAUGUGGCGGGGACAACUGUCUCGUACAUUUCGGGACAUGGGAUUCCCUCGUGUACGAAUUGGGAAACUUUCCAGAGUACUUCCGGAUGAAGGAAGAAAUAUUUCCUAAUGAUGUCUACGGGCCAGAGCCAGAGGAAAUGAAAAAGUCAUUUUUUCACCGAAAGAACGCAAAAGUUUGGUUUCCUUACCCAGGCCCUGACAGUAACAUUGUGGACAUGACACAACGUUACGUAUAUGAAAAAGAAGGGAAAAAGCCAGUUCAUUAUAAGAUGUACACAACGAUGCCACAACUGAUACACUUGAUUUUAAUAAUACCGAUAUUCUAUUGUUAUUACUGGCUGUCUUAUUUUAAGUGCUUUAGAACAUUGUUACGGAAGCAUCCCAGAUUCUUUACGGCCGGGUUUAUGAGCCAUGAAGGACCAAGUGAAGAAAAUAUGCGAGAUACUAAAUAUAGCUUCAUACUAUCGGGGAACGGCAGUGUAAAUAACAAGAAUAAAACAAUGCAUUUAAAGGUUUCUGGGGCGCACCCUUAUGAAGCCACUGCUAUAGCUUUUAUGUUUUCGGCGAUUACAAUAUUAAAAGAGUAUUCGUCUAUGCCGAAGGGUGGUGUGCUUACAACUGGAGCAGCUUAUUACCAAACCAAAUUAAUUGACCGACUAAAUAGUCAUGGCAUCAAUUUCGAGUUUCUUUCCAAUAACGUAGAAGAAAUAUUAACUGAAGGGAAUACAACAAAGAGCAAAAUUGAAACUAUGACGUGAAGUUUAAGGCAGCUCUUAUGUGAAGCGCUCUAAAUUGUUUAAAUAAAUUGGGUCCAGACAAUAAAUGGUGAUUUGUGUAAGGCUAAAAUAAAAAUACAUCUCAGUCUUAAAAAUUUCAUUUAUUAAAUACUUUACAAAAUUACGAAAGCUGUCAACAAGCUGCCUAGUGCAACCAAAUGAUUUGGCAAGAAAGAGAGUAACAGCUGUAACAGACAUCGUGUCUUUGAGCUAGCAAAGAAAGAAACGUGUCUUAAUGUUAUGUCAAAUCAGUGAAUUCCUGAAGGCUUGCAGAAAUGAACUCAUUUCAGUUCUUGCGAGCACAACGACGCCAAUGACUUUACACGAGUACAAAUUCUUACAAAUAGUCUAUCUAAGCAUGAACUAAAACAUAAGUUACCUACAGUGUACAAAAAAAAUCACUCUUUGGAAUUAUCAGACUUAAAUCACAUUCAUUAUGUGUAGACAUGGACACGGACAUACAAAUAUACAUGUUUAACCAAGGACACCCUUCAACACUAGCGCCAAUCGUCAAUUUGUACGUAUUUUUUGGUAAUGAGAAAAAACUGAAUGAGUGUUUAAUUACUAAUUUGACUAGUAAUUUGCACGUUCAGUGUAGUUAAAUGAAAGUCUGGAAAACUAAACUGUACCAACCUACCAACUAUGACAACAGGUGACUAGCUACUACUUAUUGGUCAUAUAUCAACCAUAAAAAAAUACGAUAAAUACAUCUUAUAUGACAAAUUAUUCAACAUACUUUGGUUUCAUACAAGAUUAGAGGGCGUCCUCGGACCUUACAAUGUUGUACCUAUCUUAGAGCUAAUUACAUUACAUGUAGAUUCGUUAAGAUCUUUUGAUAAUUAUGCGAAAGUUAACACUUAAAACUUAAAAAUACUGGUGAAAAAGUACAAAUCACAUAAGAAUUGGUAAAUUAUGGAGAUCAAUAUUUUUUUUUCUUGAGUAUUUUAAUGAAAAUCAUGAUAUCAGUCUCAUUGGGGCUUUGACUUUUAUAUUGUAUUUUCAUACUAUAUGAGAUAAAAUGCUGUGUUAUUGGUCUAUAACGUAUGCCCGUUAUCAGUAUCGUAUUAAGUACUAAAACAACAUUCAACAAUACAUCAUGAACCUUC